AUGGAGAGUUGUUAUUCUCAGCAGAGAGGCUUUCUUAUUUCUGUCUUUCUUUUAAAUGUAUUAAUAUAUUGGGGAGGAUAUUCGAAGGUGAGUGGUUGCUUGGAUUCGGAGAGAAAAGCUCUCACCACCAUCCGGAAGGCUCUGAACGAUCCCUCCAAUCUUCUUUCUUCUUGGGAUGAUGCCUCUGACUGCUGCAAAUGGAGAGGAAUUACCUGCCACAACAAAACUGGGUUUGUUCUUAAACUCGACCUCUACACAUCUUAUAACUACAGUUUUUGGGCUGAUGGAGGCCUAUUAGAUCCAGCAUUCAGUCUAAGUGGAAGAAUUGAUCCAGCUCUGGUUCAAUUGAAGCAUCUUCAGUCCUUGGACUUGAGCUUCAAUGCUUUUAACGGCGCACCAAUUCCAGAUUUCCUGGGUUCAAUGAAGGAGUUGAGGCAUUUGGACUUAUCAUGGGCUGGAUUCAGUGGGAGAAUCCCUCAUCAGCUUGGAAACCUCUCUAAACUCAUUUCCCUGAAGCUUUCUUCAUCUUCAUCUUCUUUGAGUGCCAAAAACCUUUGGUGGUUGACAAACCUACCUUCUCUUAAUUACCUCGACAUGUCUUAUGUGAACCUUUCCAUGGCAAGCCAUGAUUGGGUGCACGUAAUGAACAUGUCUCCUUCCCUCGUUGAGCUACGCUUAAUCGGUUGUGGUCUUUCAUAUAUUUCUCCAACUCUUCCUUCUGUCAAUUUCACAUCUCUCCGUGUCCUUGAUCUCAGUGAUAACAACUUCAACUCUACCAUUCCAAACUGGAUAGCUAAUAUUAGUAGCCUUGUGUCCUUGGAUCUCUUAGGUAACAACUUUCAUGGUGAGGUUCCUUAUCAAUUUUCACAUCUUCCUAACUUAGAAGAGUUGUUGUUGGGAUCAACCGAUGAUAACCUGAGGGUUGAUUGGUCAGAGUUCCUUGAAGGCAGCUGGAGGAAGCUGAAGAUGCUAAUUUAUCUAUCUUUCAGUCAGCAGCAUGGAGGAAUCCCCAACUCUAUUGGGAAUAUUACCUCACUUGAGUUUCUCUCUUUGUCAUUCAGUGAGAAUAUAACAGGUAGCAUUCCAAGAUCCAUAACCAAGCUUAUCAAGUUAGAAAGCCUGUCUUUGUAUGGAUACAAAAUGCAUGCGGCCAUUCCUGAUUGGUUAUAUGAGCUCAAAAAUCUUAAACGCCUUUCUCUAUCCGAUUGCAUGCUGACAGGCCAAAUCCCUGCAGCUCGUCUUGUAGGAUUGUCUUCCUUACAAAGUUUAUCUCUACGCGGGAAUCAGUUGAAUGGGCCAAUCCCUGCAGCUCUUGGAGGAUUGUCUUCCAUAGAAGAAUUAGAUCUCUCAGGGAAUCAGUUGAAUGGGAAUAUCCCUGCAUCUCUUGGAAGAAUUAGAUCUCUCAGGGAAUCAGUUGAAUGGAAAUAUCCCUGCAGCUCUUGGAGGAUUGUCUUCCUUACAAACUUUAUCUCUUGGUGGGAAUCAGUUGAAUGGGACAAUCCCAACAACUUUAGGACAACUUUCUAA